AUGAAUAAAGUCAUAACCGGCUCCAACGCUCUGGUAGUAGGCGGCACCAGCGGUAUCGGCUACGCAAUCGCCAGCCGUCUGGCAGCAUCAUCCAAUUACCAGUUCUCAUCAAUCACCAUUGUGGGCCGCACAAAACCUCAGGUCAUGCCAGCUGACAAAGUCUCAUUUCGCGCUGUCGACGCAACAUCAAUGCACGCUUUGAAAGAGUUUGCGCAAGAGUUCCGAGAUAAUAGCCAGAACAGUCCUCUCGAUCUUCUCGUGAUGACGCAGGGAAUCAUGUCAUUCGCUGGACGGACGGAAACACCUGAGGGGAUUGACAGGAAGAUGGCGUUGCACUACUACGGCCGUCAGCUCUUGAUUAGAGAGCUCAGGCCCAUUCUUAGCCAGGAUGCGAAAGUACUUCUCGUUUUAGAUGGACUCAACGCUAGUCCGGACAAGCUAAACUGGGAUGAUCUCGACCUCAAGGAAACUUUCAGUCUUGCUCACGCAGCCAACCACUGUAUCACCAUGAAUGACGCAAUGAUACAGUAUCACGCACUUCAAAAUCAAGGCUCCAAACAGUUCUUCGCACACGGAUAUCCGGGAGUUGUAAACACAGCAACACCAAAGAACUCAGCUUGGUAUUUCCGAGCUGUGUCCAAGGUUGCUUCGAAAUUGGUCGGCCUCCAGCCUGAGCAGUGUGCUGAAAGACAACUUGAUGGACUGUACAAAGCGGCGGAUGAGUUGCAGUCCAAAGACACGUCCUGGGCUUGUACCGAUAAUCAUGGAAAGGUGAUUGGAGGGAAGAAGGAGUGGACUGAGGAGGAGAGAGGGAAGAUUGCUGAUCAUACCUGGGCCCUUGUCGAUCGUACAUGA